AUGAUGAGCGCAUCUCCUGCAAAUGUGCCUGUGGAAAGCGCACCGGCCAACGAGACGCUUACUGAUGAGGCAACCCUCUACGGCUACGAGCCCCUCAACGAUGCCGCCUCUGGCAAUGCGACACUUACUCACACCGCCGCGAUUACCAGCCUGCCUAUGCGCCAUCCGCUCGAAGACCAUCCCGAGAACAGCUUCGAUCAUGUUUCCAUAACAGCUCUCUAUCCCGGUGGGCAUGUGAAUGGGCUGCGAGUCAUACAUAAUCCGAAGGAUGCAAUGGUCGACAUCAUCUUCAUUCAUGGUUUGAAUGGACAUCCAUUCAAUGCGUGGAAGCAUCAGAAUGGGUCUUUCUGGCCUAUGCACUUUCUGAUAAAGGAAGAAGAUAUGCCUUCUGUCAGGAUCAUGACCUUCGGUUAUGAUGCUAAUAUCACGCAAUGGACAUUGGGAGCUGUCGGGCAGAACAACAUUACGGACCAUGCCAAAUCUCUCAACGAGAGCAUCGGACGCAUAAGAGCUCGAAGUAAAACUGAAACCCGGAAGAUCAUCAUCGUGGCACACAGUCUGGGGGGGCUUUUGGCAAAGAAGGCUGUUCUCAUGUCCGAAACAUCCCACGACCCCAAUCCAAGUCAGUUGAAAAGUCACAUCAGCGCCAUAGCUUUUCUUGGGACGCCUCACGAGGGCGCUGGCCUCGCGAAUGCUGUGACAGGGCUCGCUUCGAUCAUGAGAGCUGGAGGCGUACGAGCUAACGUCAAACUUGUGGGUCUUCUGAAGCGGGAGUCGGACGUGUUGCAAGAGAUCGGCGAAGAUUUUCUGAAGUGGCUCAAGCACCGCACAGACGUCAGCGUGUAUUGUUUCUACGAGUCAAAAGAGCUUCCAAGACCCAUUGGCAUGAUUGUUAAACGACAGUCGGCCAUUUUGGGCGAAUAUGGGAAUGAAACAAUUGAUGCAAACCACAUGGAUAUGAUAAGAUUCAGCGACCCUAAUGAUGGAGGGUACCAAUCAGUCAGCAGCAAGAUCAUAGAGUGGUUGGGGAAAAUUGUAGCUGAACAAGGUUAG